AUGUGGCUCGGGCAUCAAUGCCACACCAAGCUGCACAGCACCGUUUGCCCUCAUCACGAGGGCUUCCUGCCUGCCAAGUCUGCACCUUCGUUGCCGUCCCUGUACGCAACCAAUUCCAGGUGGGUCCACGGGCGCCCAGCUGGCGGCGUGCAGCAGGCGGUCCUUCUCGCGGAUCUCCUCGCGGAGCUGGGCUUCGGCCAAGCGGAGGCGGCGGAUGCUGCCCUUCAUCUCCUUCAUCUUCACCUCCAGCAGGGCGAUGAUGUCCCGCUGCUCGUUCAGCUUGCGCAGCAGCUCCUCCGACGUGGUGCCCGACGAGAGGGAGUACGAGUGGUCGGGCGGCCCGUCCACCAGCGGCCCGUUGUCCGCCAGGAAGGCCAGCCUGACGGGGGCGCCCACCAUGGCCGCGGCGGCGGCAUUGCCCAGCUCCACCUGCACCGUCAGGUCGAUGGGCUUGACGUCCUCGCCGCCGGGGACGCCGCCGCCGCCGCUCCCUCCCGCCGCCGCCCGGAGGCCCGGCCCAACCUCGGCGGCUCCGCCCUCCUGCUGCAGCGUGAGCAAGACCGCGGCUUGAGCGGCCGCGGCCGCGGCUACGGCGGCGGCGGCGCCCGAGGCGGCGGCGGCGGGGGCGUGGCGGGCGCGCCUGGCCCCGCGGUGGCCUUUGCGCUCGUUGACGCCGCGCAGGGGGAAGAUGGUGGGCACGCGCACCAGGACAUCCCCUUUGGUUCUCAAAGAUCUCUGGCCUUUCAAAGACCCACCACCUCCACGGCUAUGGAUUUCGCAACACCUCGAACUCUGUUCAAGAAGGUCUUGCAGACCCAGCCAAUAGUUUCCCCUCUGGUUCCUGAAAAGCCUGAUUCCCCAAAACCAGUGGAGACAGUCUUCAAAUUCCCUCCUGCACAUGUUCCCUGCAGCAACCUAGAAAUCAGUUUGCCUGAAUCUGCUCCCAAAGAUAAGUCUCGGAUUGCACUGCUCAAAACCAGGUCGAAAAAGGUCCGUCUUUCUGAGUUUGAGAGAGGUCUGAAUAAGCAACUUGACUCAAGUGCAGCACAGGCAUUGCUGGACAACACAUCACUGACAAAGUCUCUACAGAUCUCUUUUACAACCCCAGCUCCGUUGCGCUCCGCUGGGAAAAAAGGCUUAAUCCGUAGGCCAAAGAAUUACAGAGGUGUUAACGUGAAGGACUUUGAAGGAGACAUUGAACAAAACCUGCUGCAAAUAAAAAACUCACAAAGCUACCUUGUGGACUUGCAAGCAACAACUCUAUUGUCAGAUGAUUCAGAGAUGCGCUCUGCCAACACGGAGCUGUUUGCCCACCCUUUGUCCAGGGGGCAGAGUGGAGCAGGGCUUUCUGUUGGCCGUUCUCGGCAUGCCUCGGCUAGGCAAUCUUCAGCCAGCGGGAGCGUGCUGCCCUCUAAUCAGGAUGCCGUGUCUGACAUGGACGUUGAAACAGUGACCAAGAGUGUCCCAAAAGAGAUCUUGACACCGGAUGCUGGAAGUGCCAAUGAGAUGGAAGCUGAAUCGGAGGAAGAGGCUGAUUGUCCAACAGAAGAGCAGGAAGGGAGUCUGCAGGAUGCUGGGGAAGGACUGAUACACAGUCGCUGCAAGGAGAUGCUAACGCCAGGCACAGAACAUGCAGGUGAAUUGGAAGGUGUUCCCCAGGAAAGGACUGUUACUCCCAGGCGAGUUCAGCAAGAGAGCCUGCAUGGAAACAGUCAUAUGGAGCAGUCCUUAAGUCCUGAAGAGCAUCUGACCACCAACUUGGGCCCAGAAAGAGCAUCCACACCAGCUGAUGCCAAACUCCUAGAGAUGGACUCAAUAGCAUCCACGCCAGCUGAUGCCAAACUCCUAGAGAUGGACUCAAUAGCAUCCACGCCAGCUGAUGCCAUACUCCUAGAGAUGGACUCAGCAAGAGCAUCCACACCAGCUGAUGCCAAACUCCCAGAAGCACGGUUAGGCCACCUGUCCGGUUCGCUACAUAAGAAAUCUACCAGGUGUUCGGUAAGAGAAAUGGUAGUGCACAUAAUCGAGAACCUGGACAGCAGUGUGUUUCCAGCUAUGGACCAGGGCAUAUCAGAGGCCAACCUGGAGGAGGAACUAUUCCCCGGUGAGAGGGCUGCUGACAUCCCCCAAAGGACUGGAACUCGAACUCCAAGCAGCCGUGUAAGUGGCAAGGACCCUGAGCAGUUGGAGUGCCCAGCCACAAAGGAGACAAUAGAUGGAACAGCUCAACAAGCUGGUAAUGGAGGUGAAAAGAGAGGAACGUUGGGUGAAGGAACGGAGCACAACGAGGUGUCAGAAGCUGAAAUGGAUCCUGAGGCUAUAUCCGAGGCUGAAACGGACCCUGAAAAGGAUGAGCCAACUGGAAAGACACCAGCAUUUGUGCGUCUUAGAGCCUUCCAGUGUUCACCUUUGCUGUCCACCCCACAUACCCUGAAAGUCGCUGCUUCUAGGUCUCCUUCAAAGCAGCCUUCGGUGAAACGGGUUCCAAGGCCAGCUGCGAGGGCCCGCAGAGAAAAACGUGAGCCAGCUUUCCCCAGUAACUUCGUAAAAAAUAUAUUCAAGCAUUAUGUGCGGAUGCCAGUGGCCAAGGACGUUUUCAAGGCUGUGGAGAAAUGUGUGAACCUGUACUUCAAGCAUCUAAGCGACGACUUGGAGGUCUAUACAAAUCACGCUAAACGGAAGAUGACGGAGCCAGCUGAUCUGGAGCUCCUCAUGAGACGGCAAGGGCUGGUAACAGAUAAGAUGCCUUUAAAUGUACUGAUAGAGCGUCACUUGCCUCUGCAGUACAGAAAACUGCUAAUUCCUAUGGCCACUAGUGGAAAUAAAGUAAUUCCUCCCAGGUCAUGAUGAGUUGUUGGCAAAACACCGUCGUGUCCGAAGCUGGCUGUCCCGUUUGGGAAAAGGAACACAGGUUCAGAAAAAUCUAAGAGGCUCUAAACUAUCAUAUACAUAGUCCUGUCGGCAAAUCAUCAGUACCUAACUGGACGCACUAUGGAUAUAUCUUAGUAUUGUGAAUAUUUUCUUUAUUUGCUAAGCUCCUUAGCUCAGUUUCUGUGCUACAGAAGCUGUUUGUUAUACUGUCAUUGUGAACUAUGUUUUGUAAGUACAAACUCUGUCCUUGAUUUGAAACACAGUUGAAUAAAAGAUGUAGUUGUA